AUGUCAAAAAGGAAACGUCUCAAUGUUUCCGAUCUCUUCAAGUCGCUGGGACGGUGGAAUGACUUGUACGCUCGUGUAAUUGCAUUGAACUCACUAGUAUUUUCAUCAGGACAGUUACAUUACUCCUUCAAGAGAUCUUUGUCCUGGAAACGAAGCGAAUUUGGAUUUUAUGACUGCGAAGGUAAUCACUAUACGCUAUUAAAACAAAAUGUCAGCCUUUUCCUUGAAACGCAAUAUGGUGAAUCUGCAGCAAAAUUCACAAAAGAUGAAUUUGUAUUGUUCUCUGAAGGUGGUGAAGCAAUUGGUCUUCUGCUCCUUAUUGCGCUUUAUAGGAUGAGAACUCCACAAAUACUAUCCAUAGGAGCUAUGCUAUACUCUAUCUGUCCAGGAAUGCACUUGACAAGGAGCAAAUCUUUUGCCCGAGCAUCAAUAUUCCUGUCAGGAGUUGCGAGUAGAAUGCUGCGAAUACCUACAAUGGUUCAUUGCAUGGAAAGUCUACCUCGACAUCUACGGGUCUACGCCUUACCAAUCAUGUUUGCCUCGGGAGUUAUCUUCAACCAAUUUAUAGUGCUCUUUUCGAAAAAGGUGCACUACUCGUUGUUUUGGACUCAUGUGAUGGUCGCUUCGUUUAUUGUUAUGACAUGUUUUCUUCAUGUGAAGUUUGCACCACCUAGUAUUAUGCACACUUUGUUGCAUGCAGAUUCAAAUCUACUCAAGAAUGAACUCGAAAAAUGGGUUCCUGAAGGCCAAUUGAUUAAUAUAGACUCAUUGAUCGAUCAUAUUCUCUACAGAGGACCUGUAUUUACUUCACAAAUGCGUGCGCUUACGAAUCUUCUUGCAUUUGGACCACUUGUUCGAAAAGCGGUUAUUUGCGCUUUUUUGCUGCCGCUAGGAAUGUUGAUCUUCUCGUCGGCUACUGCCUACCUCGAUGAUCGCCUCAAUUUCGGAAUAUAUGAGACUGAUUUCAUAUCGAAUGUGCUAAGUAUCCUCGGAUUGAUAUUGACAGUGUAUCUCUGCACUAGGUAUGAACGUCGUUUCACAAUGGCUAUCAUGCUUGCACUGGCUAUCGUUAGCCAAGUUGUACUGCUUAACAUACGAUUAGAGGUCUACAAUGCUUGUAUGAAAACGAACAUCCCUCAAGCUUAUCGCAUGACUAUUGCUAAAUUUGCUUAUGUAUGCGCUAUGAUGUCGUCCAUUGUCGUGUUUAUGGUUCCUCGAAUGGUAUUGAUGGAACAUGUCCCAACAUCACUUCGUACAAUUGUCCCACUUGCAUUUCUUGUGGCAACUUUCGUUUCUCUGUGCCGUACUGGCGUUCAAUUUAUGGCUACGCGCUUACCAGACGCUUACCCAAAUGCAACCCUAAUAUAUUCCCUAGGAUAUACUCUAUUUGUCGCUCCUUUCGCACUGCUAAUCGAUAACUCCACUCAUCUUCCUAUAAACACAGCAGAAAUCGCAGCAUAUACGCCACCACGGAAAGAGUUCCCGCAGAACAUAGAGCCCAGCGAUAUCCCCUCAGAGCACUUCUCAGUGCGAAUGAUGCUUCAAGCCUGUGCAGCUGCGGAGGAAACAAAAAUGAAUGCACGAACCGUGGAGAGUUCACCGAAAAACGUUGACGUUUCACAGAGAUCAGUGCAGAAAGACGUUUUACUAGCUAGGAUUGGACAAAGAACACGACAACGAUCUUUAAGAGGAAAAAUGCCGUUGUGCUCUCUGCUCCUCUCUCAGUAUUUAGUGUCGGAGAAUAAAUAUUCGGAUAAGCUGGCUGGUGUUGUUGGAUCGCAUUCUUCAACGCAAAUCGAAGCAGUUUCAACGUCAAGCCAGCAUCGUCUGGUCGAUGGUGGGCUGACAGUACUUGGUCCAUCAAGCCUUCUAAGCGGAUUCCCAACAUCUCUAACAGCGUCAGAACAUUCUUGCAACACCGACUUCACUCUUAAGAACAUCUCAAAGACAGCAGCUCCAAAAAACUUUAUCGCUUCACAGCCUAUUAAACUGAACUUUGAUGUAAAUCGAGGUGAAUUGCCAAAAUCCAGUAUUGGUGUACCUAUUAUUCCUAAAACAUGUCCUACAUCACUACUAUUUGAUGCUCCAUUCCCGUCCAUCCAGAACAUAGUGGCCACUGUGGAUUUAGGACAACGGAUCGAUCUUAAGAAAUUGACGUUACACUCGAGAAACACCGAAUAUAAUCCGAAAAGAUUCUCGGCGGCUAUUAUGCGAAUACGAGAGCCACGUACUACUGCACUGAUUUUUUCAUCGGGAAAAAUGGUCACCACCGGUGCGAAAUCUGAGGAUGCUAGUCGACAAGCCUCACGAAAAUUUGCUCGAAUCGUUCAAAAAGUCGGAUUUAAUGUUAAAUUUGCGGACUUCAAGGUCCAAAACGUUGUCGGAUCGUGUGAUGUGCGAUUCUCCAUUCAAUUGGAAGGUCUGUGUAUUAUGCAUGCUCAAUUCAGUACCUAUGAGCCAGAAUUAUUCCCUGGCUUAAUCUAUCGGAUGGUGCACCCAAGGGUGGUGUUACUCAUCUUUGUAUCCGGCAAGGUGGUCAUAACGGGAGCACGAAAUCAAGACGACAUCGAUUUGGCCUUCAAGCAUAUUUAUCCGAUUCUUAGACGGUUUAAAAAGUAG